CCAGUAGAUUUACUACAGCGACAACUCCUGCAUAAGAAAGAAAUUGCAAUAAAAGAAAGUCAGAGGCGAGCGUUGCAUGACAUAUUUUGUACCUCAAUGUGUUAAACAGCGGAAGAAUACACCAAAACAUUCGCGUGCCCCAUGCACGCAGGCACUCACGCCCGCCACCCACCAAGCACAAACCGCCUUCGGCUUGCCGAAUGACACUUAAAUAUCGAGAUGACAAGAUGAGAGAAGACGGUGGUUGAGGCGCAGACUACCGCACUCGUUUUUGGCGGAGGUGUACCGUCUGGGAGGGUGGUAGCGCGGCCCAAACAUGUCGUCCCCUGAUGAGUUGUGAAGCGGCGGUCAGCUGGCGAGCGUGGCACUCCUCUUCUCACCCCAAGUGGCACUCUUCUCUCAUUGUGUGGCACUCGGGACCCCCUAUCCUGCUGCUGUGGUGGAGAGCGGGCAGCGGCGGCCUUGUAGGUCUCGCUGAAACAUGUCUAUGUUGCCUUUCACGCCGCCCGUAGUGAAGAGAUUGUUGAGUUUUAAGAAGGGCGAAGGAGAGGAUAAAUGGAGUGAAAAGGCAGUGAAAAGUUUGGUGAAGAAGCUCAAGAAGUCAGGUGGUCUGGACGAGCUGGAGACAGCUGUGACCACCGAGGACUCUAAUACUCGCUGCAUCACUAUUCCCAGGUCCCUGGAUGGGCGGCUGCAGGUCUCUCAUAAAAAAGGACUGCCGCAUGUUAUCUAUUGCCGGUUGUGGCGCUGGCCUGAGUUACAGAGCCACCACGAACUUCGUGCCCUUGACCAUUGUCAGUACGCUUUCAACCUCAAAAAGGAGGAAGUGUGUGUAAACCCAUAUCAUUACACUAAAAUAGAGGCUCCAGCACUGCCAGCUAUCCUAGUACCCCGUGGGAGUAGCAGCAGCAGCAGUAGCAGCGGGGGUGGUAGUGGGGGUGUGGGAGGCUCAGGCUCUGACCCCGGCUCAGCCGAGGAUUUGAGUUCUCUGGCUGACCUCACAGCAGACAGUGUUAGCGACUCUGCAUCUCUUACCUCAGUAGCGCCCACGCUAGAGCCGCAGCCCACCUUUCCCCCCACUGAGUCCCCACCGCCGGGCUACAUGAGCGAGGACGGCGACAGCCAUGACCUGCCCGACAUAACAGAUUACUCAGGUAUGAUCCCUGUAUCUCCAAGCCCCCCCUUGGAUGCCCAGCCAGUCACGUAUUGUGAACCUGCCUUCUGGUGUUCAAUUUCUUACUACGAGCUCAACACACGCGUUGGUGAGACUUUCCAUGCAUCACAGCCAUCACUCACUGUUGAUGGCUUCACAGACCCCAGCAACAGUGAACGCUUCUGCUUAGGCCUCCUAUCUAAUGUAAAUCGAAAUCCAGUGGUAGAGCAAACGAGACGUCACAUUGGCAAGGGCGUGCGUCUUUAUUACAUUGGUGGAGAGGUAUUUGCAGAGUGCCUCUCUGACUCCUCCAUCUUUGUGCAGAGUCCCAACUGUAAUCAACGUUAUGGAUGGCAUCCAGCAACUGUGGUGAAGAUCCCUCCAGGUUGUAACCUAAAAAUCUUCAAUAACCAAGAGUUUGCACAUCAGCUAGCUCAGAGUGUCAGCCAAGGCUUUGAGGCUGUGUAUCAACUAACUCGGAUGUGUACCAUACGGAUCUCUUUUGUUAAAGGAUGGGGAGCACAAUACAGACGUCAAACAGUAACAUCAACACCAUGUUGGAUAGAGCUGCACUUAAAUGGCCCAUUGCAGUGGCUGGAUCGUGUUUUGACACAGAUGGGCUCUCCAUGUCUUCCCUGCUCUUCAAUGUCCUGAACACCUGCAAUACAUCGUAGAUCGACUGCUGAAAAAUUGUCAUAAAAAUCAGAUUUUCUCAAUCUGGAGCAACAAUUUUUGAUGCUCAGCUGCACGUUGAGAACCAAAAUAAUUAAAUUGCAUAAGCUGGCAAUUUUUGUUGCAUUUAAUGAUUAUAUAAAUGUCAAAAUUAGAAAAUACAAUUAUGAAACUUUAGGGUUUAAAUGUGGCACUUAUAGUUGGCAUCAUUAGUCUUGCCCAUAUGAAGAAUGAUGCAAGUACAGAAUUGUUUUUUGUGAAUGAGUGCGAGACCAUAUCAGUGCUGUGACUUGCCAUGAUCCACAAAGAAAAUUUAUAUACAGUAACAACUGCUCUUUCAUAUGCUGUAUAACUAAAUGAACCAGCAAAAAAAUAAAUAUAUAUAAUAUACAUACAU